AUGAUGCUGGCUGCAUUCACCUUCAGAGUAUCACAGUCUUCGCAAUGGUACGCCCAAGCCACGCUCGGUGGUUUCUGCGCUCCAGGUCCGUUUCCUGGUGCCACUCGAGUUCCAGGACAAGCGCUCCGCGGUGCCUGCGCUCCAUGUCCGCUACCUGUUGAAAUUCGACUUCAGGGACUAGCGCUCGUAGUUUGUGCGUUCCAGGUCGGCUACCUGGUACAACUUGACUUCAGGGACAAGCGCUACGUAGUUUUUGCGCGCCAGGUCCGCUACCUGGUAGAAAUCGACUUCCAGGACGAGCGCUCCGUAGUUUCUGCGCUCGAGGUGUACCACCUGAUGAAACUCGAGUUCCAGGACAAGAGUUCCGUAGUUUCUGCACUCCGGGUGUCCUACCUCGUGAAACUCGACUUCCAAGACAAGCGAUCCGUAGUUUCUACUAUCCAGGUUCAUUUCCUGGUGCAACUUGAGUUCCAGGACAAGCGCUCCGUGGUUCCUGCGCUCCAGGUCUGUGACCUGGUGAAACUCGGCUUCAGGGAUAAACGCUCCGUAGUUUCUACGCUCCAAGUACGCUACCUGGUGAGGCUCGAGAUCCAGGACAAGCGAUACGUGGUUUCUGCGCUCCAGGUCGGCUAUCUGGUAAGACUCGACUUCAGGGAAAAGCGCUACGUAGGUUUUCCACUACAAAUCCGCUGCCCGCUGAAUCUCGACUCUCGGGGGAUGAGGUGGACGAGAAGGACAAGGAUUUCUGCACGGUAUAACCCGAGGUGGUCAUCGGUGGUUGUUGGAGAUGGUUGGCUGUGGCUGGAGGUGGACGAGAAGCAGGACCAGGAAGACAAGGAGAACAAGGUGGUCGAGGACGAUGAGGAUUCGUGCACUUCGUUAGGUACACUCAGGCCAAGUACUGGCUUGGGCCUACCAUUGCGAAGACUGUGUUACUCAGAAGGUGAAUGCAGCCAGCAUUUUGUCGAAAUCGGAAACUCUGUGAUGUUCUACGAUGAGUUCUCAACUCUACCAUUGGGUUAUCUCACGAAGCAAUUUACGGAUGUCACAUCUGAGCCCAUGAGGGCAACUGUCUUUAUAUUCUUCAUCCGAUAGUACAACCCGAGGUGGUUAUCGGUGGUUGUUCGAGGUGGUUGGCGA